CAGACGAGAGAAUCCCUAAAAAAAAGCCCUAUCUGCCUCUGCCACUCUCAAUCCUCGCAGAUUUUGUAUUUGGAUCUCAACAUGUCCGGAGAAGAAGAGGAAAACGCCGCGGAGCUCAAAAUUGGGGAUGAAUUUUUGAAGGCCAAAUGUUUGAUGAAUUGUGAAGUAGCUGUUAUUCUUGAACAUAAGUAUGAACAGCUUCAGCAGAUGUCUGAUGAUCCAUUAAAUCAAGUUUCUCAAGUAUUUGAAAAGUCCCUACAGUAUGUGAAGCGCUUCAGCCGUUAUAAGAAUCCUGAUGCUGUUAGACAAGUUCGAGAAAUUCUGAGCCGAUACCAGUUGGCUGAAUUUGAGCUUUGCGUCCUCGGCAACCUCUGCCCCGAAACUGUGGAAGAAGCUAUUGCCAUGGUCCCAUCCAUCAAGACGAAAGGUCGGGCCCAUGAUGAUGAAGCAAUUGAGAAAAUGUUGAAUGACUUGUCUUUGAUCAAGAAAUUUGAAUAGUAGCCUCUUCAUAUUUAGAACCUCUUUUUAUGUAUCAUGUACUUGUUGCAGCAGCCUAAGUUUUGAAGAAUUUGUUGUUUUAUAUGUCAAAUAUUUUAUGAUGAUAAAUACCAGUGGGAUCUUACUAUUGGAUAUUGCUGGACCACAAUUUCAAUUUUGCCCACAAUAUGGGUACUAUAUGUUAGUCCCAAGUCUGACUGUUAGAUAUGUUCCUCCAAUAUCUGGCUUCGACUAAUACUCUUCUAGAUGAUUUCUGGUUUCUUAAAAA